CGGGAAAUGCGGUGUAGUGGUGGUCUCCGGUGGAAUAUUUUGCAGGUCGCAAGCAGAGCAGACCGGGGGCCAGAGGUGCUGUAUAUAAGCCCUGUGGGCUGCUGUGUGGUGGUAUGUGGUGGAGGUUGGUGGAGGUUGUGCAGUGUUGUAGUCUUGUUGCCUCUGGAUUUGUUCGCCAAAGCAGUCCAGUUUUCCAACCGCCGUUUUCAUUCACACCUCCUCUCGCAGCAGAGCAGAACAGCGCAGAGCAGACCAGAACACCUCUUCUAGUCCGACCGCACCUUUACUAAACCAGACUACAGCAGCACUCACAAAACAUCGCAAUGAGCGGAAAACUGACCAAGGGUGGUAAUGCCGCCUUCCACAACUUCAUCAACGACUUCGCUGACGUCGAGGACCCGCUAGAGAGAAAGAGACUCGCCUUGGAGAAGAUCGACAAUGCCGACUUCAGUUGGUACCACGUCAGAGCCAUCAUGGUGGCCGGUGUCGGUUUCAUGACCGACUCGUACGACAUCUUCGCCAUUAACAUGUCUGUGCCAAUGAUGGCCUACGUCUUCUGGAAGGGCUCCAUCCCAUCCUCCACCCAGACCUUGAUCAAGGUUUCCACCUCCGUCGGUACUGUUAUCGGCCAGGUUGGUUUCGGGUGGCUUGCCGACGUCCUCGGACGUAAGGCUAUCUACGGUAUCGAGUUGAUCAUCAUGAUUGCCGCCACCAUCUUGCAAUGUACCGCCGGCCACUCCUCCGCUGUCAACUUCGCCGCCAUCCUCACCUUCUACAGAAUCAUCAUGGGUAUCGGUAUCGGUGGUGACUAUCCUUUGUCCUCUAUUAUCACUUCUGAAUUUGCCACCACCAAGUGGAGAGGUGCCAUCAUGGGUGCCGUCUUUGCCAACCAGGGUUGGGGUCAAUUGAUGGCCGGUAUCGUUGCCAUUAUCUGUGUUGCCGGCUACAAGAACGAAUUAGACGUUGUUGGUGCCAAGAACUGUGGUCCAGACUGUGUCAAGGCUUGUGACCAGAUGUGGAGAAUUGUCAUUGGUUUCGGUGCUGUCCCAGGUUUACUUGCUCUUUACUUCAGAUUGACCAUCCCAGAAUCCCCAAGAUACACCUUCGACGUCUCCAACGAGAUUGAAAAGGCCACCGCUGACACAGCCAAGUUCACCUCCGGUAAGCUCGGUAACGCAGAAACCGGCGACAUCGACUACCUUGCCCAAACCGAAACCAGAGACCAAGCCCUCAACUACCAACCACCAAAAGCUUCCUGGAACGAUUUCUGGGCCCACUUCCUCCAAUGGAGAUACGGUAAGAUUUUGCUCGGUACCGCUGGUUCUUGGUUCAUGUUGGAUGUUGCUUACUAUGGUCUUGGUUUGAACACUGCCACCAUUUUGAAGACCAUCGGUUACGCAUCCUCCACCAACGUCUACAAGUCCUUGUACAACCAAGCCGCCGGUAACUUGAUCUUGAUCUGUGCCGGAAGUAUCCCAGGUUACUGGUUAUCCGUCGCCACCGUUGAUGUCAUUGGUAGAAAGUUUGUCCAAUUCUGGGGUUUCACCAUCUUGACUGUCUUGUUCUGUAUCAUUGGUUUCGCCUACCACAAGUUGAGCGAGGGUGGUUUGUUUGCUCUUUACAUUCUCUGUCAAUUAUUCCAGAACUUUGGUCCAAACACCACCACCUUCAUUGUCCCAGGUGAGUGUUACCCAACCAGAUACAGAUCCACUGCUCACGGUUUGUCUGCCGCUGCCGGUAAAGUCGGUGCCAUCAUUGCACAAACCUGUAUUGGUACCUUGCAAGACCGUGGCUGUGUUGCCAAGGGCUUGAAGAAGGGAUGUUGGUUGAACCACGUCAUGGAGAUCUUUGCUCUUUUCAUGUUGCUCGGUAUGUUGACCACCCUCUGUAUCCCAGAAACCAAGAGAAAGACCUUGGAAGAAUUGGCCGAAGAAUUGCACGGUGAGGUGGAUAUCACUAAGCAAAGAGUGCACAGCAUCCCAUCCGACGAUGAGGACAAAAUUGCUGACUCCGUCUAAUCGAUAUAUACACAUUUAGUCUCUUGUUCUAUUCUUUCUUUCUUCCUUUCUAAUUAAUUUUACUUCUACUUCGAUCUUAAACGAGCCAUCUCCACCAAUAUGUCCACAGC